AUGGCGCUAACGGGACCGAGUCCUCGGGAACACCAGCUCCAAGGCCUGGGCCGCUGGGUCCAGCACGCCUGCGCACUCGCACCCAUGAAGACGGCUGCUCAACAGCGCAUGCGCAGAGCAGCUCAGAGGCGUGGCUACGGAGGAGGUUGGUCCAGGAAGUCCCGGUGGGUAGUCAUCACACCCGGAAGUGAAGCGGCUCCGCUACGGGGUGGCGGCUCGCGCGGCAGGGUCCAGAGUAUCCCGCUUUCUCAGGAGAAAACCACCGCGUCCGAUCGGCGCUGCGGGCUACAGCCGCCGGCCUGGUUGACCAUGGCUCUUUCUGUGGAGACCGAGUCGCACAUCUACCGAGCUCUACGCACUGCCUCUGGGGCUGCUGCCCAUCUUGUGGCCCUGGGCUUUACCAUCUUUGUGGCAGUGCUUGCCAGGCCUGGCUCCAGUCUGUUCUCCUGGCACCCCGUGCUCAUGUCUCUGGCUUUCUCUUUCCUGAUGACGGAGGCCCUGCUGGUGUUCUCUCCUGAGAGCUCGCUGCUGCGCUCCCUCUCGCGGAAAGGCCGAGCCCGCUGCCACUGGGUGCUACAGCUGCUGGCCCUGCUGUGUGCGCUGCUGGGCUUGGGCCUGGUCAUCCUCCACAAGGAACAGCUUGGCAAAGCCCACCUGGCCACCUGGCAUGGGCGGGCAGGGCUGCUCGCUGUGCUGUGGGCAGGGCUGCAGUGCUCAGGUGGGGUGGGGCUCCUCUACCCCAAACUGCUGCCCCGAUGGCCCCUGUCCAAGCUCAAGCUGUACCAUGCCACUUCUGGGCUAGUGGGCUACCUUCUGGGCAGUGCCAGCCUCUUGCUGGGCAUGUGCUCACUCUGGUUCACUGCCACGGUCACUGGUGGAGCCUGGUACCUGGCUGUGCUCUGCCCUGUCGUCACCAGCUUGGUCAUCAUGAACCAGGUGAGCAAUGCCUACCUGUACCGCAAAAGGAUUCAGCCGUGAGCUCUUCGCAGCCUCGAAGCCUGGACUUGCCCCUCAUGUAGGAGCUGGCGCUGGGACAUUGUGGACUCUCUCGACUGUCUAGGUCACAGGGACACCUCAGGCCCUGGGCACUCAGCGUCGGAGUCCUGUGUGUGGCAUUUGUGCUUGCUCCUCACACUGGAGUGCUCCUCCUCCCCUCUCUCUCUACCAUCCCAGAGGAGCUCAUGGAUUGUGGGUCUGGAUGAAACGGGUUGCAAGAUUGCCUCCCCAGCAACUCAGCUCAUACUUGUAUUGGUAUGUCCAGAAAUUACAGGACAAAAAAAUAAAAAUUAAAAUUAAAAAA